CUCACUUAUCAAGCUGUCAUCAGCACGUUGCCACUAUAAACUGUAUUUGUAAAUACAAAAACGAAUUUUUGGUGUGUUUGUCUACUUCUUUUUUUUGAAAACAGAAUCAUAAUGACCGAAGAUCAAACUGAAGCCGUUGUUUCAACCGAAAAGCAGUCAGAGAAUGCGUCGAUUGAACCGCAGAAUCAGACAGAAUCACCAGGCAGCAAUAAUCCAUUUAAGACCGACAAGAAACCGCCCAAACGAAAAAAGUUGAAGAAAUUAGCUGAAACUGAAGAAUCGCAGACCAAUGAAAAUGAAGAAGAAAAUGGAAUGCCAGCACCUCCACCGUCCAAAAGACAGAAAAAAAAGCAAAAACAGCAACAGAACAUCGUUCGGAACAAGGACAAAGAAAUCGAAAAAACGAUCUCAUACUUAGUCAAGUGGGAUACAAGUAGAGAUGAAUGGAAAUAUGAAAAAUUACGCCAAAUUUUUAUUCAAAAGAAUGUAUUCGAUGAAAAAGUCAUUGACACCGAACACUGUGAUGUUGCGAUCAAGUAUUUGGCCACAUCAAAGGGUCAUUCUCGGGCGAUGAUAAUCGAAUCAGCUGAAGCUAUUAUUAAGGAAAUUGAAACAAAAAUUACAGACGAAAAUCAAGAGGAACUAACAUCAUCAGCACGUUACGAACGUGCACGUCAAAUACUACAAUCAAUGGAUGAAUAAAGUCCCGUAAAUUAUUGUGUUAAGAAAACAAACAAAUGAUUAU